CAAGUUAAAAAUCCAACCAAACGUUAACACAACACUCUGGGCUCUUCUUGCCCUCUCUUUCUUGGUCUCUUCCAUCCUCUCUCUCUCUCUCUCUCUCUCUCUCUUUCUAUCUCUGUGCUUGUGAAACCAGCAACCAUGGUGGCCAAGAAACCCAGAAUCGUGAUCAUAGGAGCAGGAAUGGCAGGGCUAACAGCUGCUCAUAAGCUCUAUAGUUCCACUGCUGCAACAGAGCUCUUUGAGCUCUGCGUUGUGGAAGGAGGGGACAGGAUUGGUGGGAGAAUUCACACGUCUGAGUUCGGUGGUGACCGAAUUGAGAUGGGGGCUACUUGGAUCCAUGGCAUCGGUGGAAGCCCAAUUCACAAGAUUGCCCAAGAAAUCCAUGCGUUGGAAUCUGAACAACCAUGGGAGCGCAUGGAUGGGUUUGCCGAAGACCCAUUAACUGUUGCCGAAGGUGGGUUUCAUCUCCCUCCUUCCAUCGUCGAACCCAUUUCUGCUCUUUACCGGAAUAUGAUGGAGUUCGCUCAGGGGAAGCUGUUUGAAGAAGAAGCCACUGAAAGCAGCAACAAUGGCGGUGUCGAUGUCGAUUACAAUGCAAUUGCAGCUCGAGCUCUUAAAAUGGGUUCCUAUAAGAAGGGUCUCGGCAUUGGUACUUUCCUUCGACGGGCCCUCGAAGCUUACUGGGUUUCCGUGAAACGGAGAGACGAUGUCAAAGGGUACGGCAAUUGGAGUACGAAAAUGCUCCAAGAAGCCAUCUUUGCGAUGCACGAGAACACGGAGAGGACUUAUACUUCGGCAGGGGAUCUCUCAACCCUUGACUUCAAUGCCGAGAGCGAGUACCGUGAGUUCCCAGAUGAGCAGAUCACCAUUGCUAAAGGAUACGUGAGCAUUGUUGAGUGGCUAGCGUCUGCACUUCCCACGGGUCUGAUCCAACUGGGUAAGAAAGUGAAGAGGAUCCAGUGGCAGCCCGAAGGUCUUGUGAGGUCAUUGGAGAUGGAGAAUAAAGGGGAUUUCAACAGCAGGAGGCCUGUGAAGAUCUGUUUUGAUGAUGGUUCAGAAAUGGUAGCCGAUCAUGUCAUAGUGACUGUGUCGUUGGGGGUUCUCAAAGCCGGGAUUCGGGAAGAUUCAGGUAUGUUCAGCCCUCCACUCCCUUCUUUCAAGACCGAAGCGAUUUCGAGGCUAGGUUUCGGCGUCGUUAACAAGCUAUUUCUGCAACUGGAUCGAGAAAGUGAGAAUCUUGAACCGUUUCCCUUCUUGGAAAUGGUGUUCCACCGGCCUGAUUCGGACUCAAGACACCAGAAGAUCCCCUGGUGGAUGCGGAAGACAGUUUCAAUCUGUCCAAUCUACAAAAACUCUAGUGUCGUCCUCACUUGGUUUGCUGGGGAAGAAGCUCUGGAGCUCGAAUCACUCAAAGAUGAACAGAUUGUGAGCGGAAUCUCCACUACCGUAUCUAAUUUCCUGUCUAAUUCUGAGCCCCAAAACAUCAAAGGGAUUGUAAAGUUCACUAGGGUUCUAAGGAGCCAAUGGGCUAGCAACCCUUUGUUUCUGGGUUCUUACAGUUACGUAGCAGUGGGGUCAAGUGGAGACGAUUUGGAUUUAAUGGCGGUGCCAUUGCCAAAUAGUAGCAACAGUGAUGAAUGUGUUGGAGAAGCUUCUCCUCCUCCUCAUCCUCUUCAAAUUCUAUUUGCAGGAGAAGCUACACACAGAACACACUAUUCCACAACACAUGGAGCUUAUUUCAGUGGUUUAAGGGAAGCUAAUAGACUCCUCCAACAUUAUCGCUGUGGUAGUGGAUUUUCAGAGCUCUUUGCAUCACAGUAGAAUUCUGAAAGGAGACCCCUCUAGUCUCAAUCUUAGCCCAACACCUUGUGACAAAUUGAGAGAGAAACAGAGAUGGAUUGGGUAUAAUUUUAAAUUUUUUUUUUUUUUUUUUUUAAUUAAAGAUGUAUUGAAUGUAUUUAAAUUAAAGAAACUUCUUUUUUUUUUUUUUUUUUUUCUAUGGGAUGCUUUUGUUUGAGAAUUUCUUCUCUUAUCUGAUCUUAUGAUCUUGAUAGCUAACUUUUGCUGAGAUCAUCUUUCUCAUUUGUAUAUUGAAAAGAAGAAGGAAAGCAAAAGAAAGAGAUUUCUAUCUCAA